AGUACCCAGCUGUUGCAGUGACGGUGCGCACGCGCGCUCCUCAGAGGCGGCGUACAACUUGUGCCAGGUUAAAGAUUGGUCAAUAAUCUACCCGAGUUCGUCGUGGUUUGUGGUGCCAUGGUUUAAAAAUGGACUGUGUGACAUUUAAAAGGAAAAACUUUCAAAAAAAUAUAGCCCAGUGACGUGCCCCAAGCUAAUUUAGAAUCACACCUGCCAGCCUAGGACAGUCCCGUGUGGUGCAAUGUAAUAUAUUGAAAAUAAUUAAUAAAUUAUUCAUUGUAUAGUAUUCAAAAGAUAAUAUUAAUUACGGUUCGCCGUUUUUUAUUUAUUAUUACAGCCCAAAACAGCCCAAGGAAUGAUAUAAAAAUGACAUAUAAAAAAUCAAUUCUUUUCAGAUAACUUAAUUCUAGCGUAUUCCCGUACAGGAUCGUAAAAUAUAUUUCAAGAUUAAUGAAAAUAAACUAUAAAAAGGUCACUCUACGUCAACAAAAGGUUAAUUACAACCGAAACUAGGUCAUACCCAGAUGCCCAGGGCUAGCCGAGUGAUGGCGUCCUCGUUUUGAAAGCGGAUCCACCAACUUAGAGUGGUAUAAUUGGAAGUUUCAGUGCAUAUUGAUCUAGGGUUUAACCUUCCAAGAUGACGACCUCGCAGGACAGCAAAGCUCCCUUGAGGACUGUGCGCAGGGUACAGUUCGGUAUCCUCAGCCCCGAUGAGAUUCGCCGAAUGUCUGUGACAGAAGGAGGCAUCCGCUACUCAGAGGUUUAUGAGAAUGGCCGCCCAAAACUAGGAGGGCUGAUGGACCCUCGUCAAGGCUGCCUGGACCGCCACACACGAUGUACAACCUGUGCCGGCAACAUGUCCGACUGCCCGGGACACUUCGGCCACCUGGACUUGGCCAAACCUGUCUACCACGUGGGCUUCCUGACCAAGACUGUGAAGAUCUUGCGAUGCGUUUGUUUCUACUGCAGCAAGCUGCUUUAUAACAGUCAACACCCAAAAGUCCGCGAGAUCGUCACCAAGUCCAAGGGCCAACCGAGGAAGCGUCUGCUCCACAUCUACAACCUCUGCAAGAGCAAGAUGAUCUGCGAGGGGGGCGAAGAGGUUGACAUCACCAAGGAACCGGAAGACCCAACCCAGGUGGUCAAGAAGACCUCAGGUCACGGGGGUUGCGGAAGGUACCAACCAAACGUCAAGAGGGUUGGAAUAGAACUUAUGGCCGAGUGGAAACAUGUCAACGAGGACACGCAGGAGAGAAAGCAGGUUUUGACGGCCGAGAGAGUCUACGAGAUAUUCAAGCAUAUUUCAGACGAGGACUGCUACUUGCUGGGCAUGGACCCAAAAUAUGCCCGACCUGACUGGAUGAUCCUGGUGGUGCUGCCGGUCCCACCAUUGCCCGUUCGCCCUGCUGUCGUCAUGUACGGCACGGCCCGGAACCAGGACGACAUCACCCACAAGCUAGCGGACAUCAUCAAGGCCAACAACGAGCUGCUGAGGAACGAACAGGCAGGCGCCGCGGCCCACAUCAUUGCAGAGAACAUCAAGAUGCUGCAGUUCCACGUCGCGACGAUGACCGAUAACGACAUCCCCGGCAUGCCGAAGGCACUGCAGAAGUCCGGCAGGCCGCUGAAGGCCCUGAAAGCCCGGCUGAAGGGGAAAGAAGGGAGGAUCAGAGGUAACCUGAUGGGGAAGCGAGUGGACUUCUCGGCCCGCACUGUCAUCACGGCCGAUCCCAACCUCAGGAUUGACCAGGUGGGCGUGCCAAGGUCGAUUGCCCAGAACCUCACGUACCCGGAGAUUGUGACGCCUUUUAAUAUCACCAAGAUGAUAGAACUGGUGAAGAGGGGCAACAACCAGUACCCCGGGGCCAAGUACAUAGUCCGAGACAACGGUGCUCGAAUCGACCUGAGGUAUCACCCGAAGCCUUCUGACCUCCACCUUCAGUGUGGGUACAAGGUCGAACGUCACAUCACAGACGGUGACCUGAUCAUUUUCAACCGUCAGCCCACCCUGCAUAAGAUGUCCAUGAUGGGGCAUAAGGUCAAGGUCCUGCCGUGGUCAACCUUCCGCAUGAACCUGUCGGUGACGUCGCCCUACAACGCCGACUUCGACGGGGACGAAAUGAACCUCCACGUGCCCCAGAGCAUGGAGACGAGGGCCGAGAUAGAGAACAUGCACUUGACGCCCAGGAUGGUGGUGACGCCUCAAUCCAACCGGCCCGUCAUGGGCAUCGUGCAGGACACCCUCACCGCCGUCAGGAAGAUGACGAAGAGGGACGUCUUCCUGGAGAAGUGUGAAAUGAUGCACCUCCUCAUGUUCCUCCCCAUUUGGGACGGACGCUUGCCCCAGCCAGCCAUCUUGAAACCGAAGCCCCUCUGGACUGGUAAACAGAUCUUCACUCUCAUCAUCCCAGGGAACCUGAACCUCAUCAAGACCCAUGCCACACAUCCGGACGAUGAAGACGAUGGACCUUACAAGUGGAUAUCCCCCGGAGAUACGAAGGUGUUGGUAGAGCAUGGUGAACUCAUCAUGGGUAUCCUGUGCAAGAAAACCCUUGGGGCAUCCUCUGGCUCCAUGAUGCACUUGGCAUGGAUGGAACUCGGGCACGAGAUUGCCGGUCGCUUCUACGGCAACAUCCAGACGGUGGUCAACAACUGGCUCCUGCUGGAAGGUCACAGCAUUGGCAUCGGCGACACCAUCUCCGACCCCAACACCUACCGUGUCAUCCAGGACACCAUCUCCAAAGCCAAGGAGGACGUGAAGGAAGUCAUCCAGAAGGCCCACAACGAUGAACUUGAGCCCACGCCCGGCAACACCCUGAGGCAGACUUUCGAGAACCAGGUGAACAGAAUCCUCAACGACGCUCGUGACAAGACUGGAGGUUCGGCCAAGAAGUCCCUGACUGAGUACAACAACCUGAAGGCCAUGGUAGUGGCAGGGUCUAAAGGGUCCAACAUCAACAUCUCCCAGGUCAUCGCUUGUGUGGGGCAGCAGAAUGUUGAGGGUAAGAGGAUCCCCUUCGGCUUCAGGAAGCGGACGUUGCCUCACUUCAUCAAGGAUGAUUACGGCCCCGAGUCCAGGGGUUUCGUGGAGAACUCGUAUCUCGCCGGACUGACGCCUUCCGAGUUCUACUUCCACGCCAUGGGUGGUCGUGAGGGAUUGAUCGACACGGCUGUCAAGACUGCCGAGACUGGGUACAUUCAGAGACGUCUCAUCAAGGCCAUGGAGAGCGUCAUGGUCAACUAUGACGGGACUGUCAGAAACAGCGUCAGCCAAGUCAUCCAGCUCAGAUAUGGAGAGGACGGCUUGGCUGGCGAAUUUGUUGAAUUCCAGACCUUACCAACGGUUAAACUAUCCAACAGACGUUUUGAAGACAGGUACAAAUUCGACAUCACCAAUGAACGCUACCUGAGGAAGCUUUUUGCAGAGGAAGUCGUUAGGGAGGUUAUAGGCUCUCCAGAUGCCAUUGCAUGCAUUGAGGGUGAAUGGCUGAGACUCCAGGAAGAUAGGCAGGCUCUGAGGACCAUCUUCCCCAAAGGGGAUACCAAGGUCGUACUUCCAUGCAACCUGGAAAGGAUGAUCUGGAACGUGCAAAAGAUCUUCCACAUAAACAAACGGACUCCAACGGACCUCUCCCCAAUCACGGUUGUGGAGAGCGUGAAGACCAUGCUGGACAAGUGUGUGAUUGUGUCGGGAGAGGAUCGGAUCAGCAGACAAGCCAACGAGAACGCCACUUACCUGUUCCAGUGUCUGGUCAGGUCGACGCUCUGUACUAAAAAGGUCGCGGAGGAAUUCAAGCUGACCCAGGAGGCCUUCCACUGGCUCGUUGGUGAGAUCGAGACCCGCUUCAACCAGUCUAUGGCCUCCCCUGGGGAGAUGGUGGGAGCCUUAGCAGCCCAAUCCCUGGGCGAACCUGCCACACAGAUGACCCUCAACACUUUCCAUUUUGCUGGUGUAUCCUCCAAGAAUGUAACCUUGGGAGUGCCUCGCCUGAAGGAAAUUAUUAACAUCAGCAAGAGACCCAAGGCCCCAUCACUGACGGUGUUCCUCUUGGGGUCAGCUGCCAGGGAUGCUGAGAAGGCCAAGAAUGUCCUGUGUCGUAUGGAGCACACUACGCUCAAGAAGGUAACAUCAAACACAGCCAUCUACUAUGACCCUGACCCACAGAAUACUGUCAUCGAAGAGGACCAGGAAUUCGUCAACGUCUACUACGAGAUGCCAGAUUUUGACGUAGCCAGGAUAUCACCGUGGCUCCUUCGUAUUGAACUUGAUCGGAAAAAGAUGACAGAUAAAAAGCUAACAAUGGAACAGAUCUCCCAGAAGAUCAACUCAGGCUUUGGAGACGACCUGAACUGCAUCUUUAAUGACGACAAUGCAGAGAAGCUUGUUCUCAGGAUCAGAAUUAUUGUUGGAGAUGACAAACUGAACGACGAACCCGAAGAACAGGUUGACAAGAUGGAAGACGACACCUUCCUCCGAUGCAUCGAGGCCAACAUGUUGAACGACCUGACCCUGCAAGGGAUUGAAUCCAUCUCCAAAGUGUACAUGCAUUUGCCCCAGACUGACGAGAAGAAAAGGAUCAUCAUCAAUGACGCUGGUGAAUUCAAGGCCAUUGCAGAAUGGCUGCUGGAAACUGACGGUACAGCCCUCAUGAAGGUGUUGUCAGAGAGAGAUGUUGAUCCCGUGCGUACUUCUUCCAACGACAUCCUUGAGGUUUUCGAGGUCCUCGGCAUCGAGGCCGUGCGUAAGUGCAUCGAGAAGGAGAUCAACGCCGUGCUGAUGUUUUACGGUCUGUACGUAAAUUAUCGUCACCUGGCUUUGCUCUGUGACGUCAUGACCAGCAAGGGCCAUCUCAUGGCCAUCACUCGUCACGGCAUCAACCGACAGGAUACGGGGGCUCUCAUGAAGUGCUCCUUUGAAGAGUCUGUGGACGUGCUGAUGGAGGCUGCCUCCCAUGCCGAAGUGGACCCUGUCAGAGGCGUUUCAGAGAACAUCAUGUUGGGCCAGUUGCCUAAAAUAGGCACAGGUGCCUUUGAUUUGGUUCUUGAUGAUGAAAAGUGCAAAUUGGGCAUGGAAAUACCCAUGCCAGGGUCUGGCAUGAUCAUGACGGGCAGCGUCUUUGGGGCAGCUUCCCCGUCCUCUAGCAUGACUCCAGCCCAGACUCCUUGGGCCUCUGGCUCUACCCCCUUAAUGUCGCCAUACAGCGGCUGGACGCCUGGGCUGGGCAGCGGUAUGACUCCAGGAGGACCUGCUUUCUCCCCCGUGGUGACUGCGGAAACUACGGGCAUAUCGCCCGGUUAUUCCCCUGCCUGGUCGCCCCAACCUGGAAGUCCUGGGUCACCGGGAGGAAUGAGUCCGUACUUCCCCAGUCCGGCGAACGCGCUCUCCCCCUCCUACUCGCCUUCUUCUCCGGCAUAUCAGCCCACUUCCCCAAGUAUAACUCCAGCAUCUCCAGGGUAUUCCCCAACAUCUCCAACAUACAGCCCAACCAGCCCCCAGUAUUCACCGACGUCACCUCAGUAUUCGCCUACAUCCCCAUCUUAUAGCCCCACUUCUCCCUCGUAUUCCCCAACGUCACCGUCAUACUCGCCAACGUCUCCCUCGUACUCGCCAACUUCCCCUUCGUACUCACCUACUUCUCCUUCCUACUCUCCAACAUCUCCGUCGUACUCGCCAACAUCUCCUUCAUACUCUCCAACAAGUCCCUCUUAUUCCCCAACAUCCCCGAGCUACAGUCCAACAUCACCAUCUUAUUCUCCAACAUCUCCAAGCUACAGCCCAACUUCUCCAUCAUAUUCCCCAACAUCUCCUUCGUAUUCACCGACGUCCCCAAGCUACGCUCCAAAUUAUUCUCCUUCUUCACCUGGCUAUUCUCCAACAAGUCCCAGCUACAGUCCAACUUCUCCUUCAUACUCCCCAAGCUCACCUCAGUAUUCUCCCGCUUCCCCUUCAUACUCUCCAACGUCCCCUAAAUAUUCCCCAACUAGUCCCAGUUACUCCCCGACAAGUCCAACUUACUCCCCAGGAUCACCGUCGUACUCCCCAACGUCGCCGAAAUACUCUCCUACAAGUCCAACGUACUCCCCAACCUCUCCGUCAUAUUCCCCAUCCUCUCCUAAAUACUCACCGACCUCCCCCAAGUAUUCUCCAACUUCCCCAACUUACAGUCCCUCCAGUCCUCAGUACAGCCCCUCCAGCCCCAAAUACUCACCAACCUCACCAACGUACAGUCCUAGCAGCCCUAAGUAUAGUCCUACGAGCCCAACUUACAGCCCUACUACCCCUGGAUACAGUCCCACGUCUCCUCUGUACUCUCCGACGCUAGAUGAGGAAGAACAGCAGCAGGAGAAGAAACACAAGAAGAAGCAAAGCCACUAAGGGCUCAGUCGAGUGACCCAACCCACCGGAAAUUGCCAAAGGACGUCUAUCAAUUCACCACAAAUAUUUUUGUCUGUAUUGUCUCCUUGAGAGAUUCCAAACCCUUUUGUCUGGUUGAUGAGGCAGGAGUAACUAAUCUUUAAGAUGAGUAGCAAACAUUUUUUUUUUUUGUGCUGAUUAUAAUAGUAAUUAUGUUCUUUGCUAUCUUAUAGCAUAUAUUUACAGGACUGUUUUGACUAGUAUCUUAAGGAGCGUUGUUGAAGAUAACUCCAGCUCCAUUGCAGGUUAACAACACAUCACCAAUAUUGCAUAACUAAUAAUUGAUGGGGAUUAAAGCCUUGAAAUACAAAAUUCACUAAUAUUUGGUUACACCGCAUGAAAAAAGAUCCAUCAGAAGCAAGACUUUAAUAUAGUAUCUUUAGCCAUUAUCUCAGUCUCACGGUUUGUAUAAAGACUGGGUUUUUUGGCAUCUGCAGAUGCUAGCCAUUUUCAGUAAAAAUCAUAUCACAUUUAAGUGAUUUCAAUUUUGUUUUGUGUAAGGCGUCUUCAACAGAUUUGCCUCUGUAGAGAGUGAGUAAAAGAAUAUUCAUCGUCGCAGGAGUCUUGAAAUGGAGAAAAAAAAAUCCACAGUUAUGUAUUGGUACAAAAAUGUUGAAAAAUAAAUCCGAGCAGAGAGCAUUCGGGAAUGUUUGAUUCCCUUUGCAAUCGAACAGAUUCCUGAAAGCUCUCUUUUUCAUAUCUUUAAAUAUAUUUGUACCCUCAUAAAGCUGUGGAUUUUGUUCUCCGCAUAGAGUUCUUUGUUUUUCAGCUCUAGCUGGUUCUCGCAGUUGAGCCCAUGUCCCUAACAUACCAUGACAAUGUGGUGUUGAGUAGCUUGCAACCUUGUUAUAGGUCAUAAUUUAAAUUUUAGGAAUUAUUCCAUCCCAAAGUUUGUUUUUUCCUGAAGGUCUGUUAUUCAGAGCCUAUUAUUGUUUAGCUUCAGACAGUAUGUGAUCAAAGAUAAUGAUCACUUUGAUAGAUUUUUCAAGAUCAGACCAGACCAGGCAUGUCCGCAAAUACACACAUAUCUUAACUCUAGUCAUUGAAUUGGUAAUGGAUUUCUUCUAGUAAUCAAUAACUUUUGUUUCCUACUAGUCUAUUAUACAUCUAGUCAUACACUAUUCAUUUAAUAUCUUAAAAGAUUUUGAUGCAAAAUGUAUUUAUAAAAUAUUCGGAAACCUGGGACGUGAGAUCCCAUCUAGUGACUUGGUAUUUACUAGUCACAAUUGUCUCGUGUCACCAUUUUACCUGGACGUACUCGUAAACAUAUGUUGCAUUGCCAGACAUUUCAGCUUUCUGAAAGUUGUUAGUUGUUAAUAAAUUAAGUUUAUGUUGACUAUUCAGAAAGACAGUUGAUCAUGAUGUAGUGUGAAGGGUCAUUGUCUUUACUGCAUUGCAAAUGACAACCAGAGAAGAGAUGUUAGAAGAAUGUUAUUAUAGCUGUGGAGACGAGAGACCAUUUCUAAAACCAGAUUAAGGUGGACAAGUCCUGUUGUGACCAUCAGCGGUUGAGAGCUCUAAGGUGGGUGAACGAUUGGCUGAAAAGCUUCUAAGAUUGCAUGGUGUCCAGUGCGGACCUAUCCUAGUUUACUAACUUUUCCACCAAACAAAGUUUAAUCAUUGUACAAAAUGUACCUAAAAGACCCAUUGAUUAAUGCAGUUGAAGUUGUGGGAGUUUUUUAUGUAUUGGGGUUCAUCCUUAAUUUCAUAGCUGAAAGAGUAUUGUAGUUUUCACUUUUGACAAUGUUAAAUGGAUAACUUGAGUUUUGAAUGUAAUGUGCAAUUAGCUUAAUACAUUAUAAUAAAAUGUAUUACAUA